CUUGAAUGUAAACAGUUUGUGUAACCUGUUGCUUCGUGAAUCAUUUCAAUUCACUGACGUGCAGCAGUCAUUUUUAAUGCAUGGGAAAUAUAAACUGCUUAUUCACGGAUUAGCAUGCUUACCUACGUAUAUCGUAUAAAUACAAAGAGUAUCAAAGUAGUUCUUCUUUAGAUGCGCAAGCGUCGUGCCGUUAACUGUGCAGCAAGUAAGAGUGGCGUUUUUGAGUUGAAAUUUUGGCCAUACUAAUAUGACUUCCUUAGAUGAAAUUUACGAGCGAAUGAACGAUGAUCUCGAGUACGAACUGCCGCAUAUGGAUAGUGAAAUCCAAAAGUUUUAUACGGAUAAAACGUUACUCGUUACGGGAGCAACCGGUUUUAUGGGCAAGUGUUUGGUUGAAAAAUUACUUCGAAGCUGUCCAGGCAUCAAGCACAUGUAUAUUAUGAUGAGAGAAGGAACAAAGGAUAAGCUACCAGUAGAUCAGCGGUUAAAGAAAUAUUUCAAGAAUCAGAUUUUCGAUCUUAUGAGAAAGGAGCAUCCAAACUUUGAAGAGAAGGUAACAGCUAUCAAGGGUGACCUCUUUGAAGCUCGCUUAGGCUUGUCAGAUGAGGAUCGGAGCAUCAUAGUGAAUGAAACAAACAUAAUAUUUCACAAUGCCGCCAAUGUGAAAUUCGACAUAAAAGUUAACGUGUCUCUAAGGACGAAUGUUCUGGGAACAAAGCAAAUGCUGGAUUUGGCCGAGGAUUGUGAAAACCUUGAAAUAUUUAUGUACGUGUCAACGGCGUACUCGCACUGUUACAAAAAACGCAUCGAGGAGGAAUUUUAUCCACCCCCGGGAGAUAUGAAACUCGUUGACGACAUGAUAAAAGCUGAUUUCGAAAUCGAGCAAGGAUUAUCUGGCCCUGCACUGAAAAUGUUGAUAGGAGAUCAUCCCAACAUCUACACAUUUACAAAAGCCAUGUCCGAGGAUCUAGUGUACCGAUGUUCUAAGACAUCGAGAUUUGCCGUAGGAAUCUACAGACCAGCCAUAGUUGUAUCUUCGGCCAAGGAACCGUUGGUUGGCUGGUGUGGAAAUUGGAACGGCCCCGUCGUCAUCGUGCUUGGCUGUGGACUUGGAGCGUUUCACGCGUCUUAUCAUCAUUGCUACCCGAUGGAUUAUAUUCCAGUGGACUAUACCAUAAACGCUUUGAUUGCGAUCACUUGGGAUCUGAACGAGCGAUGGAAAGCCGAGGACAAGGCAGUCAUAUACAACUACGGUAGCAGCACUACUAAUCCAGUCUCGUUGAGGGACAUGUACUACUUCACAAAGUACGAGCGCGACUCGGAAAGGUCUAGAAACGCCGUGAGCAAGGACUUUAUAAUUUUCACGAGUCACGAGUGGUACUUUUGGUUCCUGCACUGGACCCUUCACUUCAUUCCGGCGUGUAUGGGAGACCUCGCUCUUCUGGCCACAGGCAGGAAAGCCGUAUUGUUGUCGAUAUUUUGGAAAGCAACGAGAAACAUGGACAAAGUCGACUACUUCGGAAACGGCAAUUGGAGAAUCCACAUGCCCAGGACCCUGAAGGUAAUCGAGAAAAUGAACCCAGUUGACAAGGAGAUAUUUUUUUGUGACAUACGCGCUCAUGACUGGGAACGUUACAUGCUGACCAUGUGGAGAGGACUCAAGUUAUACUUGCUAAAAGAACCCUUCGACCCCGUCAAUGCUCUCAAAAGAUACAGGCUCAUUUUGACCGUUCAAUAUACCAUAACGGCCUUGCUCCUUCUGGCCCUCUAUUGCUUUGUAACCAAGUUGUACGACGCUGUUUAUAACUGAUGAGAAUCAAAUAUUGCUAAACGACGAAUGUAAGAACAUGUUUUCCUCGCGUGCAUAUCUAUCGCCGUCACGAAAUCGAAGCCAUGCAUAUUGUUUGUAAUGAAUAAUCGUUUUGCAUAUUACAGACUGAGCUGUAAAUAAACGAUAAUGCAACGUAAUAAAUGGAAACUAUCAUAAUUCCUA